AUGCCCAGCACAGCCAUCACAACACAGCUGAGCCAAGAAAGCCAUGGCCGACGACGCGAGAAGCAAGUCGAACGUGCCGCUACUGCUGUGGCCAAGAGUCUUGUUUAUUCCAGACUCACACCCAUCACAUCGCCCCCAUCGCCAAGCUGGUUCUGUGCAGGCAGUGCUGUGGCGCAACACCACUGCCCUCGCCUUGACGUGGCACAGGCUGUGGACCUUACAAUUCGAGGCCUUGCACAGCACGAGCCAGCGUCGCUACCCGCCUCGGAGGACGAAGGCGAGUCAGUGCUGGGGGCUCAGGACGGCAAGCUGGUCGCGUGCCUCAGUCGCAUUCCUGUCCAUGACUUGCUACCCGGACACAUACUAUGGGCCGUCGACAUGGAGUUUCCUGGUUCCCCUGCGCCGCCAACCCAGCAUAGUUGGAGGUCACAACAAAAGUCCCUGGCGGUCGACAGUCCCAUGGGAUGGGGUUAUUGCUGCCUAAAAGUCGACACCCGUGCAAAUACCAUGUACACACUGCCCGCUUGAUUAGUCUCAUCUGGCAUAAGCAGUCCAAAGCAGAUACCCCAUCGGCGAGCAGCGUGUCAAGAAAUUCGCAAGUCAACGCGUGGCAGUAGAGGGGUUUUCUCCCAGGACAUGCGGAUAGUGCAGUAUGCCACUUUGUUUGCAUCGAUGGUCUUCCUCCCACUUCAUACUUGAGAAGCGCUGCUGUCGUGAUGCGGAGAAUCUAGUAUGAAGAUAUGCCGAGCAUCCAAACAAAGCAC